ACUCAGCUGACUGACUUACGGUAGCUGGCUCGUUUUUACGACAGCGCUCCUUUCCGGCACGUAUGGCCGCGUGGGUUCUCCAGCAGCGUGUAAACUGAGUGCAGCGCCGUCAAUACAGAAAGGACUUCUCCUUCUUCUUUAUUUAUUCGAUUUAUUGCUUGAAGAUGUCUUACCGUGGAGGAGGAAGAGGAGGAGGAGGAGGAUUCAGUAGAGGAGGAGGAGGUGGUGGAGGAAGAGGAGGAUAUGGAGGAGGAGGAAGAGGAGGAUAUGGAGGAGGAAGAGGAGGAUUUGGUGGAGGAAGAGGGGGAUUUGGAGGAAGAGGAGGUGGAAGAGGAGGAUUUAACAGACAGCAAGAUUUCGGUCCUCCAGAAUAUGUUGUCGCUCUGGGGGAGUUCAUGCACCCGUGUGAAGAUGAAAUCGUGUGUAAGUGUGUAACGGAGGAAAACAAGGUGCCGUACUUCAACGCUCCCGUGUACCUGGAGAACAAAGAGCAGAUCGGCAAAGUCGACGAGAUCUUCGGCCAGCUCCGAGACUUCUAUUUUUCGGUGAAACUGUCAGAAAACAUGAAGGCGUCGUCGUUCAAGAAGUUACAGAAGUUCUACAUCGACCCGGCGAAGCUGCUGCCUCUCCAAAGGUUCCUUCCGAGACCACCGGGUGAGAAAGGACCCCCGAGAGGAGGAAGAGGAGGGGGCGGACGAGGAGGUGGGUUCCGAGGAGGCCGAGGUGGUGGUGGUCGAGGCGGAUUCGGAGGAGGUAGAGGAGGAGGAGGGUUUGGAGGAGGUAGAGGAGGAGGAGGGUUCAGAGGAGGAAGAGGAGGAGGAGGUGGACGUGGAUUCAGAGGUGGGAGAUGAUGAAGAGCGUACAGUCUUUAUUCCUGCCUCAGAGGAAAACGUUCACACACCGGGACGCUGCAGACGGACGAUCAGAUUCCUCGCUGCUUCUCUCCGGGCAAAACCUCAGUUUUUUUUAUUUCUUUUUAACGUGUAUAUUUUCAGCGGUGGGAUUGAUGCUAAAUAUCCGUAAGCGGAGGUGAACUUUGUAUAUAUUUCGCCUGUGUAUGAAUCAGAGACGAAAUCUUUACUCCUUUUAUAUGUAUUUUGAAAGCGUUUAUCAUUUAUCCUGCUGCAGAGAAAUGAAUUGUACAAUAACAGCACUGGACUGCUAGUGCUGAAUAAAAACCAUCUUGUUUGUA